AUGGCUUCUUCAACUAUGGCCUCUACGUUCAGUACUCGCUCUUCGCGCGCUUCCUCGCGACCUUCAUUGUCUAUCGAUGUCGCCAACCUCCCCCCACUCUCGCAGCCAACACCGCCCUCAAACACACUCUUGAUCACCGAUCUCAACGACCUGAUCCUAUUCCAGCCCCCCUCUCUGGAUGAAAUCCGCGCCCUGAUCACAGCUGUUGCACCUCUAAACUCCUUCUCCCCCCUCCCAUCCAUGCGCCGCAUCGUCUGCUCCUUCCACACAACCGAAGACGCCACCACCAUCCGCAAGAUGCUGGAUGGCAAGCGCCUCCUAGAGCGCAACGUCCGACCCCGCAUCUACUUCGGCGAGCCGACAGCUAUCCUAGACGGCGGACGACCCAAGCUUCUCGAGGCCCCGCAGGUCGACAAGCUGUUCUUCAUCUCCCCGCCUCCCAGCCCGCCACACGGAUGGGUCUUGCGCAACGAGGACCCGCCCAACAAGGAAGUCCACGCCACCGACCUGGCGCAGGCCCUUUCCAUGCUGAAGACCGAUCAGACUCAGCCCGCGCCCGCGGAAUCAUUCGGCGUCGACCCUUCUACUCCCGUUUCUAUCACAUCGGACAAGCGCACGCCCAGCUGGCCGAUGGCCGGGUCGCAGCAGCGCAGUCGGAGCAGCACGAUCAUCUAUCACCCUGAAGACCACGGCGACAGCCCCAAUCUGCCGGCCGUUAUGGUUGAGGAUAUGACGUUAACGGUUGAGGAUGUGGAUAUGGAUACGGAGAUGGAUACUGAUAUGAGCCCGAUUGAGAUGUCUCUUAAGAAGAUGCCUCCUAAGACUUCCCGUCCACCUGUCGAGCUUAUGGAGUAG